AUGGGGGAUCCAGUGGGAGGGGGGGUACUGUGAAGUUUAGUGCUGUACAAGAAACAGAUGACAAUAGACAAAGAGUUGGUCAGUUCCUAAGAUACUGGACCACCAUACUGGGCUAAUCUGUCAGCAGACGCUAUGGCAGGGGCAUUGGCUUUAUGACAAAAGAAGGGACACACUAAGAACACAAUUGCUCCAUGCAGCUCCUCAGACUUUGCAUUCAAGACACAGCAGCAACACAGUCUGUACUACUAACAAAGCACAGGGGAUCUGCACACAGUAACCCCUGCAGCACUUAGUGACAUCCACAGAGAACAGCCCCACAGUCCUUCAAUGACACUGCCUGACCAGUCUGCAAGAUGUGGCUCCUGAUUUGCUUUCUCUCCUGCCUUGGCUUCCAGGACGUGGUGCUUUCAGAUCUCCCUCCAAGCUUCCCUGUUGAAUCAGAUAUUGUUCACCCUAUUCGUGUUGAUGAACAUGGCUCCUUUCUGACUUUUGACCUGUCACCUCGAUAUAUUAAGAAGAGGGGCUUAUCUCUCCAAACUCCUUAUGAUGUGUACUAUGAAAUCAGGUACCAGGGAGCGGAACUUAUUUUCAACCUCAGCCAGAAUAUGGAGCUUUUGUCCCCUGGCUUUGUGAGUGAAUGGCACAGUGGGGGAAUAAAAGAGGCGAGAAUUCAGAAGAAAAUUUCAAGCUCCUGCCAUAUGAGGGGGGAUGUACAGACGCAGCACCAAUAUAUGGGUUUUGCUGCUAUCAGUGUUUGCAGUGGACUGAAUGGAGUAUUCCAGUUAGAGCAGCAGGAUUUUUUUAUUGAGCCUUUAGUAGUAACCAAUCCAGUACCUGGAGAGGCCAUUCCCCAUCGUAUUUAUAAACGCGAUGCUGGAGAAUCCAGGGCACAAACACAGACUGGGCACAUGAAUUGUGGAGUGAGAGACCAAAACUCUCAGGAAAAAUGGGACAGGCGGAGAGCAAGGUGGGAACAAUUACAGAUGAGAGAACACAAGGAAAGACGCAUACGAACCCGUUCUAUAAGCAAAGAGAAGUGGGUGGAGACUCUGGUUGUUGCUGAUCAGAAGAUGGUGGAAUAUCAUGGUAGUGACAAUGUGGAGAACUAUGUCUUGACAGUUAUGAACAUGGUGGCUGGGCUUUUCCAUGAUGCCAGUAUUGGGAACAGAAUAAACAUUGUUAUUGUACGGCUGAUCCUGCUGGAAAGUGAGGAGGAGGAUCUGAAGAUCACUCAUCAUGCAGACAACACACUACGUAGCUUUUGUAAAUGGCAGAAGAAUCUAAAUACAAAAGGAGAGGAACAUCCUCAGCACCAUGAUGUGGCUGUACUUCUGACCAGGAAAGAUAUAUGUGCAGCAAUGAACCGCCCUUGUGAGACACUUGGCUUAUCUCAUGUGUCAGGCAUGUGCCAACCACAUCGCAGCUGUAACAUCAACGAGGAUACUGGGCUACCAACUGCAUUUACUGUCACACAUGAACUGGGACACAGUUUUGGGGUGCAGCAUGAUGGCAGCGGGAAUGACUGUGAGCCCAGAGGAAAGAGACCUCACAUCAUGUCGCCUCAGCUUCUUUAUGAUACAUCUCCCCUUACCUGGUCCCGUUGCAGCCGAGACUACAUCACCCGCUUCCUGGACAGGGGAUGGGGGCUUUGUCUGGAUGAUCGACCAAGUAAAGAGCUGCUGGAUUUCCCUUCUGUGCCUCCUGGGGUGCUUUAUGAUGUUGGACAUCAGUGCCGACUACAGUACGGAUCCUCUUCCAGCUUCUGUCGGGAUAUUGAUAAUGUGUGCAACACUCUGUGGUGCUCAGUGGGAUCAACGUGCCACUCGAAACUGGAUGCAGCUGUGGAUGGAACAAAUUGUGGUCACAACAAGUGGUGCUUUAAUGGGAACUGUGUUGCAACUGGGCAGCGUCCUACCCCUUUGGAUGGAUCGUGGGGAUCCUGGAGUUCGUGGUCAUCAUGCACCCGGAGCUGCGGAGCUGGAGUACAAAAUGCAGAGAGGCAUUGUACUAACCCUAUGCCUAAAUAUGGAGGUCGAUACUGUCUGGGAGAGAGAAAAAGGUUCCGUGUAUGCAAUGUUUUGCCCUGCCCUGCUGAUGCUCCAUCUUUCCGACAUCUACAGUGCUCCCAUUUCGACUCUGUUCCAUACAAGGGGAAGCUCCUUCAAUGGACCCCUGUGCUAAACAACAUUAAUCCAUGCGAGCUGCACUGCCAGUCAGAAGUAAAACUCAUUGCAGAGAAGCUCCUGGAUGCAGUAAUCGAUGGAACCCCAUGUUUUGAGAGUAACACAAGUCGAGACAUGUGUAUCAACGGGAUUUGUAAGAAUGUGGGCUGUGAUUAUGAGAUUGAUUCCAACGCAGUGGAGGAUCGCUGUGGUGUGUGUCAUGGAGACGGAUCAACUUGCCACACUGUGCAGAAAACCUUCGAGGACAUCGAUGGGCUUGGGUAUGUGGACAUUGGCUUGAUUCCUCCUGGAGCUCGUGAAAUUCGCAUAGAGGAAGUGGCAGAAGCUGGAAAUUUCCUUGCACUGCGAAGUGAAGACCCUGAGAAAUAUUUCCUGAAUGGAAUGUGGACUAUCCAGUGGAAUGGGGACUACCCGGUUGCAGGAACGACAUUCACCUAUACUCGCACUGGGAAUCUAGAAAACCUUACAGCUCCUGGGCCCACAUUUGAGCCUGUGUGGAUACAGCUGCUGUUCCAGGAGUCAAACCCUGGGGUUAGAUACCAGUAUACCAUAAGGCGAGACCAAGACAGUAGCAAUGAGAUACCACUUCCAGAGUUCUCAUGGCGGUACGGAACAUGGACGGAGUGCUCUGCUACCUGUGGCAUUGGAGUGCAGAGGCAAUUGGUGCAUUGUGUAGAGAAAAUGGCUGGUCUAGUGGAAGAGCGAUACUGUGACACCCUUACAAGACCAGAUGACAGACAAAGAAACUGCAAUGAAGAUCCCUGUCCCCCCAGAUGGUGGUUAGGAGAGUGGCAACAAUGUUCAGUUACCUGUGGAUUAGGUGGCCUGCAAAAGAGAACUGUCUUAUGUAUCCAGCGUGUAGGGCUUGAUGAACAGCGUGCAUUGCAACCAGCAGACUGCCAACACAUCCCCAGACCUGAAACAAGUAUACACUGCAACCAUCAUCUUCCUUGUCCUGCAGUCUGGCAACAGGGCAACUGGAGUCAGUGUUCUGUUUCAUGUGGGGAAGGAGUGCAGUUUCGAGAUGUGAACUGCAACAAUAGCACUGAGGGGAAUAUCUGUGAUCCAUUAAACCGUCCCUUGGAUAGACGUACAUGUAUCCUGGCAGCAUGUCCAGUGGAUUCUUUCUACAAACAUUUUGACUGGACGGGAAGUGGAGCACCCAACAGGAACAUAUUCAAUAAUAUAUUUCCAGGCCGCCCUCGAGCUCCAUCCAAUCCCCAGCAUCAUGGAGAUGAAAACUCCAUUUCAGAAGGAGACUUUUCCAAACCAGGUGGUGGUGGUCAAGGAAAAGGAGGGAAUGUGUUUGUAGAUGACUUCUACUAUGAUUACAACUUCAUCAAUUUUCAUGAGGAUCUGACAUAUGACCCUUUAGAGGACAAUUAUAUCAAUGGGGAUGGACAAGAAGAAAAUCCUGUAAAAGAGUUUCCUACUAAACCUUCCCAUUAUGAGGAUUUUGACAUAAAAGAUGAAAGACAGAAUGAAGAAAGAACCCAGUCAGUGACACACACCACAGAGAGACCCAGUAUUUUUAUAACUACAAAGUCAUUGGACUUAUUUACCAGUAGUAUUGAUCAAAGUUAUUCUAGCACUAGUCUUAGUUCUACAAUUCAGCAGGAAAUUGAAGAUAUCUCCCCUGAAUCAAAUACUACAUCCACAUAUUUCUUGACAGAAUCUUCAGUUGGAGAAAACCUGCCUCCCAAUGAUGAAAAACAAACUGAACUGAUAAAUGAAGAAUCUUCAAUAACGUUGGCAACGGAUAAAUCCCUGUUAGUGACAUCAUAUAAACCCUUUCUAGGAGGUGUGCCAGAUAUUUCUGUGCAUGAUACAGCAACACAUCCCUUAGUGGUCCUACCAAAAGACCAGCUGCCUGAUAACAUUCCAUAUACGCUGCAGAAUGUUCUGAAUUAUAUUACACACAAGCCCACUUCAGAUAGCUCUGUAAGUUCAACACAAACGCCUGCACUAUAUUAUCCCUCAGAUGAGCUUGCCCCGGGUUCCACAAUGUAUCCAGUAUAUGAUCCCUCAAGCUAUGCAGCAACACGUCUCCCAUUAAAUACAGUAUCUGACACCUCACCAGCUCUGGAAAAGGAUGCUUCUAAGCUGACAGUUUCCAACCUCUCACCAAAGAGAGAACAAGAUAAUUCCCUGGCAACACCAGAUAUGACAAAUGACCCUUUGGAGGACCUGACUGUGUCUCAUUUGCCAGCACUAAAUCAGGACGUCACACCUAACACAACAAACGAUAUUUCAUUAAAUCAUAAAGAGAUUGUACUACUGGAUCAAACAGAGACUCCAUCACUCUUGGAUAUUUCAGCAGAAAAUAUUGCAGUAGAUACCUCUCAAGAUCUGACGACACAUUCCAACAGGCAUUUUUCUUCCAGCACUGAAUCAAAGAGAAUCUUCAGUUCAGAUUCCAAAGUUUCAUACCCACAGCCUUCCUCUACCACCCCAGUGGGAUCCUUGUUCUCAGUGUCUUCCACACUAAAGUCAACCAUGGGGACAAACCUUUUUGAUGUUAUCCUAUCUACUUCAAUAACACCACCUUCUAUAACAAGUGUCUCUUCUUACUCGGAUCCAGAAGCCAAAGAUCACAGUACCAUUGUCAAUCCAAACAAACGAUAUAAAACUGCUAUUCCUGGCCCACCCAUUACUAAUCAUUCUUGGCAUUUGCCAAGUUCACAGAAUAGUCCGUGGGAUGUUGGAAACUGGACUGAGUGUUCCACCUCGUGUGGUUUGGGUGCGAUGUGGCGCUCAAUUCGGUGCAGAGUAAAAGAGAAUGAGACUUGUAACCCUAAUACUAUGCCAGCUCCUGCACGUCGUUGCUACCUCCGGCCAUGUGCUUCUUGGACAGUGGGCAACUGGAGCAAGUGCUCACAAAGCUGUGGGAAUGGAGUCAAGGUCAGAGAUGUUCAUUGUGUGGAUAUUCGAGACAAGAGACUCCUACGGCCUUUCCACUGCCAGAAUACUGUUUACAAACCACGUGAACAGAUUGCUUGCCGUGAGCAACAGUGCAUGCAGUGGUAUGUCUCAUCAUGGCGUGAGUGCAGUGAGGAAUGUGGUGGGGGGAUGCAAGAAAGACUUGUGACAUGUCCACAGAUGGGGCUGUGCAAUGAAAAUCUGAAGCCCAACGAUACUCGCUCAUGCAAUGACCACCCUUGCACAAAGUGGGCGGUGGGACCCUGGGGACAAUGCACUGCAUCCUGCGGCGGGGGGAUCCAGCGCCGUCAGGUGAAAUGUAUCAACAUACACACGGGAGAAGCUGAGGAGGAUAACAGCCUCUGUGACCAUGAACCAUGGCCUGAAAAUAUCCAGAAAUGUAACCCACAGGACUGCCAGCAAAGCCAGAACAAUGUCUCCUGCACUCGGGAUCGACUUACAUUCAGCUUCUGUAGGACCCUAAAGAUACUGGGUCGGUGCUCCUUGCUCAGUGUCCAGGCUCAGUGUUGUCACACAUGCCAGUCUUACAUUCUGGGCUCUCGUGAGCUUAAUAACCAACGUCUAUCACGCAGGUGAGAAUGACAACCCUGUCCAGUGUCUCAGGGACAAAGUCACUUGGAAGAAGGCCUCUGGACAUGUGCUAAUGCUAUUAGGGUAUCCUCACCACUACUGGAAAAAGAAGUCCAAGCGUCUUGUCCUGUGUCUCCUUGCUGUGGCUGCUCCUGCUCCUAUUUCUUGAACCCUACAUGAGACUGUGCUAUAGGUUCAUCAAUUAGCCAGGACUUCUCAAAGAGGACAGACAAGAUGAAUGUAUUAGUGGGGAAAGGGUAAACUAUGCAUUCUGCCCCAUCGCUAGGAGACCUGUCCAAAAUUGCAUUGUUUAGCUUUAACAUGUGGUGCUAUGUUGGCUUGUGACCUCAGUUGAUUUGUCACUGGCUGGCCAGUGAGGCCGUUUCAUGCUCAAUAUUACACUGGGCUAUCUGGUGCUUUAGAGAUCAACUUCAUUAUUCUGUUAUGGUAUACUAACUGCAUUAUCAUUCUGCUGCCAUUCUGAAGGCUCACUUCUCAAGCCGUGAGCAAGACAUAGGGGCAAAUUCACUAAAGGGCUACUAGUCGCCAGUGAAUGAUCCGCCACACUUUGCUUCAGUUCGCCAGGUGCUAACUUGUUAGCAGUACGCUAAUUCACUAAAACGCGAAGUUGCGUCUCAGCAGCAAAACGCUGGCGAAGUUUCGCUAGUGUUAAUUCAUCAGCGCGACCAUUUCAUAGCGAUCUUUCGCUAUUGUUCAGUUCUGCCAAGCUAACCUUUGUUAGCACUCUUACACUUAGGUCAAUUUGAAAAGUACAUAUAGGUCAUAUAUAUUAUUAGAGAUGUUGAGGCAAAUGCUUGAAGUGGCCACUUAUUACAAAUGUCCAAGGAAGCAAAAUAAAGACAAAAGAGAUCCUCUAAUGCCCUAGACAUGAGCCCACCCUAAAACAAAUGUGGCAUGCCCCUCAAAUGGUUGGUAAAGAAAUGUUAACACAAAAAUCUUUAAUAGUUAGGACUUUUGAAGGUAAUCCCGCGUUUAUUGAAAAACACCAGCGUUUAUUUACAACUUUUAUGAUUUCUCAGCAUACAGGAUAUGAUGUCACUGACAUAAGAUUGAGGAGGAUGAAGCUUUGUCUUAUCAGUUCGCCUGGUCUAAGGUGGCGAAGGCAACUCUAGCGAAAGAGGUAACAUUCCGUAAAAUUCGCACUUUUGUGAAUUUGCAGAGUAAAGAUCGGACACCUGAACGAAAAUGCACCUGGCGAUAGGGCGUGAAACUGCAGUAAUGACGGUCUUUUUCGCUAGCGAAUUGUCGUCUACGCCAUUUAGUAAAUCGUCAAUGUCACUGCAGAUGAGAUUUCUGCCCAAUUUUCACUAGUGACGGCCACUUCGCCCUUUAGUAAAUCUGCCCCAUUGUCUUUUUUUCUGCCUAUUUCAUUAUAUAUAUCAUAUUUUCAGAAUUAAGCACUGAUCAAUAUCAGGGAUAUCUGCAAGUUACAAGGAAUUUGUUUAUAAAGUAUAAUCACCACAUUUGUAUUCCAUCGUCCAGUAUGGCUGAGCCCAGAGGAAAUGACAGUGCAGAUAAAUGUAAUCCAGGAUGAGGACUGGGACCUCAUAUGGAGUACGGUGUAAUGUAUGAGCCCAUAAAUAUCAUAUUUUCUAUAACAACUAUAUAUUCAUGAUGGUGCUGAGCAGCUCAUGGCUGCAAUAAAAAAAAAGAUGAGUAUUAACUGUAUAUAAGUCACAUGUAUAUAUGGAUCACCUGUCUGCAAAAAGGUAGCAUUUUAUCCUGAAAGCCAUUAAUCUCUGAGAAUAAAAUAACUGGUUGCAGAUAAAUGGAACCGGCCAGUUACCCAUACCAGUUUCACAGUUUCUCCCAUAAUUAAAUAGGUCACCAGCAACGUGAGUAGAGACAGCAUCUUUCCUGCUAUAUUCAUACUGUAUUAAACUGGAAUAUUUCUGUUUUAUUAAUUCUCUAAAACCAGUGGUGUCCAAACUUUUUGCAACGAGGGCCAGAUUUGUCUCCGUGGCAGCCUCCGGUGAGAACUAGCGCCUAAUCCAGUGAUAUGAUGUCACUCUAAUGUGCGAUUACGUCACUGCGUGCAGCUGCUGCGGGGAGAAAAUAAAAGGCACUGCUCUCUACUAUCAUUUUCGGGAGCAAAAAAAGUACCAGAUCCUGGGUCUGGGUGGCUAGUUGGGUGCCAAGGCCACAGUUUUAAACAGUCAGAGUUAAACAAGUGGUAUGUUUUGGCUUGUACUGUAAGGCUGCCCUAGGCCAGGGCCUAGGGGGCCUCUCCCCAAAUCCAGGCCUACCCACGAGUGGGUGAUUCCUUAUUAAUGGCUGCGGGCCAGUGUAAAUUUGAAAAUGGGCCGCAAUUGGCCCACAGUCCGGACUUUGGACAUGCCUGCUCUAAGUAUAUAGGUAAGGGUAAGCAUGGAGCAGAGCACAUACUCAGUUGAGUAUCAUACAGGUUGGUAGGUAGUGCUUGCCUACUGUUCCCUCUUCACCCCAGCUGUUAGUGAUUCAUAUUCACACAUGCAUUUUUCUAAAAAAAAAGAAGAAAGAAAAUAUAUUUUACUACAACAGACACAAGAGACCUAAUAGCUCAGGUAUAAGCCUUGUUGCAGUAUACUUUCAACUCUGGGUAGUUUUUGUUUCUGGGUAUCUGGAAAAUGUCACUACAGUGAUAAAGCUCUGCUUGAAGAUUAGAAAGGGACCAGUGUGAGGGUUGAGCAAAAAGGUGUUUUAAAGGGAACCAUGCUUAACAAUAAAUGGUUUUUAUGUGUGUUUGAAUGAAUGUUUGUGUUGAGUAGAUUAGAGAUGGGAAAUGGUAGGUGCUUUAAUUUUGAAAAAUUCUCUUUUGUCUUCUGAUUCUUGCGGUUGUGUGUCUAGUGCUACGUCCUCAUAUAUGCAACUCUCCCACCACUAAUGUCCUCUAUAUAUAGAAAAGAGCCUUAUAAGAGGUUCAGAUUGCCAUUAUAUUUUAUGGGGACAUUGCUGCAAACAGAAUAACUGGCAGAUGGUUGUCACAAGAGAUCUUGAGCAGUCCGCACAUCUUGUGUGUCAUUACUGGAAGAGAGUUUAUGUAUCCACAGUCAACAUUUAUACAAUUUUUAAUAUAAAGGCCAUAAACAAAUUAAAAGUAUGUAAUUAAAGGCCGUUGAUUGAAACGAGGGCCUGUCAUUCCCGCAGACUCUUCAUUUCAAAUUCAUGGCAUGUGAAACAUAAGUUGAAGCAUAACCUAUAGCCAGUGAAUGUUCUAAUGCAGCCUAUGGGAAAGAUAUAGCCUUGGAGAACAGAGAAACAGUAUAGUCCCAACUGACGUAGCCGGUGACAGAGUUCACAUUAUCUUUUCUUCCUAAUCCUAGGCCGUUCUCUUUCAGAUUCUCAGAUGGGUUGGGCUUGGACCCAACUGAGCGCUACAUACCUGUAGUGCAGUGAUCCCCAACCAGUGGCUCAUGAGCACCAUGUUGUUCACCAACCCCUGGAUGUUACCCCAGUGCCUCAAACAGGUGCUUAUUUUUAAAUUCUUGGCUUGGAGGCAAGUUUUAGUUGCAUAAAAAACAGGUUUACUGUAGGCUACCAGUCCACACAGUAGCCAAUCACAGCCCUUAUUUGGCAUGUGAGUGUUGCUCCCCAACAGGGUUUCAGAACCCUAAAACCUAGACAGGUGGCAAUUCUAAUAUUGCAUUAGGUAUCAGAAAGAAUUGCUUUUGAGCUAUGCAACAUGUUGAUGGUGUGUUAAGGGCUAAAGUAAACAUUGUGUUCUAGUCUGCUUAUAAGGUGCCCACUACAGGCUUUGUGGAGAUCCUCAAUAAAAACGAGCACACUUGUUUGGCCUUCCUCCCCGAUGACACACAGGGAAAACUCUCAAACACAUUUAAUGUUUGUUCAGUGAUUCCCAGGAAAGAGAAACUCAACACUGAACACAAUAGGCGUAUUAAUAGCUCCACAAAAGCUCUGGAUUAGACGGAUAUGCAAAAAAAUAAAAGAACAAAGACACAAGCUGCUGGGCCUUCUCCACUUCCUCUACAGCCACAUCGACUGUUGCACACUUACACUUGGCUAUCAUCACUAACCAUCUCUCUCUCUCUCGGGCAAUUCUCCCUUCUCUUUAUCUCACCCAGAGACUGAGAGUUGGAACCUUUCACUAGGCAAGAAUGGAUGGAUGUCAAAAGCUAUUUCUAGCCCUUUUGAUGGGUCAGAGUUAUGGGUAGUCCAAGCAGUGUGAAUAUAAUACACAGCGUUGGGCUGUCUGAAGGAAGGCAAUUGUCGGUUAUAAAGUAGUAAUCAAUUAAGGGAUGAGAGUUUUCUGUUGAUUGAUGAAGGGAACAAAAGUGACCAGGACAUCAGAUUUGUCAUGUGCUCCAGGCCCUGCUCCACCACAUCUCCAUUAUACCUCAGCUAAUACUGUACUGUACCAUUACUUCCAUUUGCUAAUGUCAUUACUAAUUUACCUUUCAUUUUUGAACCUGCUUUCUUGCUCUCGUCUCUAGUCCUAGACUAUACUGUCUUCUUACAGUUGGGUGAAUCUGCUAAUGUAUUUGAAGGUUUCCUGUGUGGGAAGAAAUCUGAACUGGUUUAUCGUUCUUCUUGGCAAGUAGCUUCUUACACACAGCAAACAGAUCACACAACUAGAAGCCCCUGUCCAGACUCAUCAUUAGAGUUAUUCAAUAAAUGCAGCUUAAGUACAAUUCA